ACUCGUUGUGGGCGGAGCUACCGGUGCCCUUGCCGCUCGCUGGGGACGCGCGGCUACUUGCGCAGUUGCCGCGGUUGGGAGCUGGGCCCAGGCCCGAGGGCAGCGGUUGUCACCAUGUUUCGCCGGGCGACGUGCAGCGUGGGCCGGACCCUGGCGGGCGCCCUGGGGUCCCGACAGAAGCACAGCCUCCCCGACCUGCCGUACGACUACGGCGCCCUGGAGCCGCACAUCAACGCGCAGAUCAUGCAGCUGCACCACAGCAAGCACCACGCCACCUACGUCAACAACCUGAACGCCACUGAGGACAAGUACCAGGAGGCGCUGGCCAAGGGCGAUGUGACCACACAGGUGGCCCUCCAGCCUGCUCUCAAGUUCAACGGUGGAGGCCACAUUAACCACACCAUUUUCUGGACAAACCUGAGCCCGAAUGGUGGCGGGGAGCCCAAAGGGGAGCUGCUGGAAGCCAUCAAGCGGGACUUUGGUUCCUUCGAGAAAUUCAAGGAGAAGCUGACAGCCCUGUCGGUGGGUGUCCAGGGUUCCGGCUGGGGCUGGCUUGGCUUCAACAAGGAGCAGGGCCGCCUGCAGAUUGCUGCUUGUUCCAACCAGGACCCCCUGCAGGGGACUACAGGCCUUAUUCCACUGCUGGGGAUCGAUGUGUGGGAGCAUGCCUACUACCUGCAGUAUAAAAAUGUCAGGCCCGAUUACCUAAAGGCCAUUUGGAAUGUGAUCAACUGGGACAACGUGGCGGAGCGGUACAAGGCUGGUAGAAAGUGAACUAUGAGCUGCACCCCGUGUGCUCCAAGUUCUCUGUAUAUUUUUCAGUCUCGUAAAACUCUCAUCCCAUCCAGCCAGGUUCUGCAAUUUCUGCCUGAAUGUAGCUUGUUUGGGUCUUUGAUGGACAUAAUUUCCUGCUGCAAAUAAAUUUCUUGUGUUAAAAUUUUGUUAUUGGAUAACUGCUUAGAAAAUUAAAUACUUUGUGUGAUGUCA